GCCGACUCUUUCCAGAUUUCCCAUCCACCUUGCCAUCCACAGUCAAGCUCUCGACUACGUCAACCCACUCGACUUUUUGCGCAGCCUCUUGUCGCCAACACCCUCUCGAUCCAGCGGGCCACACCGAACCCCUCCACGUGCCUCAAAGCCUCGCCGGCCCCCAGAACACACCUCUCCUCUACAGCCUCCUCCCUCCACAGCACAUAAUGGCCAUGGAUCACGGUCGGGACCCAUGUCCCUGGGUCAUCCUCAAUGACUUUGGUGGUGCUUUCGCCAUGGGAGCAAUCGGCGGCACGAUCUGGCACGGCAUCAAAGGCUUUCGCAACAGCCCAUACGGCGAGCGGCGGAUAGGCGCCAUCACAGCUGUCAAGAUGCGCGCCCCGGUAUUAGGAGGCAACUUCGGCGCCUGGGGUGGCCUGUUCAGCUUGUGCGACUGCGCCGUCAAGGGCGUCCGGCAAAAGGAGGACCCUUGGAACGCGAUCGGGGCCGGCUUCCUGACGGGUGGUGCCCUGGCGAUGCGAGGCGGGUUCAAGUCGGCGAGGAACGGCGCCAUCGGUUGCGCUGUGUUGUUGGCAGUAAUUGAAGGUGUGGGUAUUGGUUUCCAGAAGAUGAUGGCUGGCAGCACAAAACUAGAGGUUCCCAUGCCACCACCGUCGCCAAAUGGCGAGAAAGCGCUAGCAUGAUCGGCCUAACGAGUCCGACCUUUUUCUUCCCUUGUUCACAUUGUACAACCAUCAGCCUGGUUUUCGGAGUUGAGAAUCUCCCCACUUCAGAGGAAAUAUAAGAAUACGAAUUGCGACGAAGCCAACUACUUCAUUUUCGGUGUUGUUAUUGGCAUGGCUCGCAUGUUCAACGGCGGAGUUCAGGUGUCCCCAUAGAACAGUCGAAAGAAAGAUACGGCUUUAAUUAGACCAGCACUUGCAUGA